GGUAACACCAACACGUUGUUGAGUUAUCAAAUAUGGCGGACACACCAGAGACAUUAGAAUUGACCUUAACUGAAAUAAAAAAGCUUAAAGUUGCCGAAUUGAAAUCGCGACUGUCUACUCUUGGACUUCCAACAACAGGACUAAAGGCUGAUCUUGUGGCAAGACUAGCAUCCUUUUUAGAAGCUAAGGCUUUGGAGCAACAGCUGAGAAAUGAUGAAAACUCUGAAGAUGAAUCUAACAUUGACGCAACUUCUGCAGAACAGCAAAAUGUAAUAGUUGUUGAAGAGCCAGUCGCCAUCUGUAAUACCGAUGCGACUUUGGAAUAUUCAGACAAUAUAGUUACCAUGGAUACCAGAGCAGUUGAAGAAAGCCUUGUCAACAACCCAGAAAUUGUGAUGACAGCUUUUGAUCAAGGCAAGCCAAUAAAUGAAAACUUGAAGCUGCUAAUGAAGUUUCACAACAGACUAUAGCACUGGAAGAGAAACCAAAAGUUGACAAUAUUCUCACAACAGAAGAAAAUGUAGGAAAACUUGAUGAAGUGAAACUCAAAGAAACCAAUGAUGAACCUUUGCCAUUUAACCAUGAAUCUUUUCAUCUAUUGAUAAAUCUUUAUCAUCUAAUGAUGAACCUCUGCCAUCUAAUGAUAAACCUUUGCCAUCUAAUGAUGAACUUUUGGCAACUAACGAUGAAACUUCAUCAACAAACAAUGAACCUUUACUAUCUGAAGAUGAAACAAUGCCAUCUAGCAAUGAACCUUUGCCAUCAAAUGUUGAACCUUUAGAAGUUGAACCUUUACCUAAAAACGUUGAACCUAUUCAAUCAAACACUGAACAUUUAAAAACAAAAAAUGAACAUUUACAAUCAAACGAUGAACCUUUACCCCCUAACAAUGAACCUUUACUAUCUAAUGAUAAAUCUUUACCAUCUAACAAUGAUGAGUCUCCACUUGGUGAUAAAAUUUCUGAAGGGGAUGUCAUGAUGUCUUCUGCCACAUUACCUUCCUCUGAUUUGCCACCAAGAAUGGAGAUGCACAGCACAGAAAGCGCACCACAUGCGGUUGACCCUCUUGCUGAGGCUAAGGCCAAAGCAAAAAUUGUUGUGGAAAUGAGAGAAAGAAAACUAAAUGAAGAGGUUCAAGUUGGAAAAAGAGGUGAUGAUUCAGGGUAUGACGUUGAUCAUUAUGAACAUGAAGGGAUCCCGUCUUCUGAAUCUCAUCAGGAAAAGAAAAAGAAAAAAAAGAAGAGAAGAAAGAAAAGAAUUGUUGAUCAAACACAAGUUCAAAAUGAUGCAGCACCUGAAGAUGAGGGCAUCGAAGUUGAGUAUGUGACAGAAACUUUGGAUGUUAGAGAUCCAAUUUAUGCUCAGUUUGCUUCUAUAUUUGAAAGCUUUAAGUUAAAUGAGAAAUCAGAAUCUGGAAAAGAUGAAGGAAAGAAUAAGACUGAAGCAAAGAAUGCUGAAACUAUGCAAAAGGAUGAUGAUGAUGAAAUGGAUAUGGACAGUGAUGAAGAAGACCAGAAGAAAAAGGAAGAAGAAUCAGGAGAUAAAGUAGAGAAAAUGUCAAAAAAGAAAUUGAAACUGAAAAACAGAAUGAGUGUUGCUGAAUUAAAACAGACAAUCCAUCGCCCAGACGUUGUUGAAAUGCAUGACGUCACAGCACCUGAUCCAAAGUUGCUUGUUUAUCUUAAGGCAUGUCGAAAUACAGUUCCUGUCCCACGUCAUUGGUGUUUCAAAAGAAAAUUUCUACAGGGGAAACGUGGUAUCAUUAAACCACCAUUUCAACUUCCUGAUUUCAUACAGAAAACGGGAAUAAUGGAGAUGAGAGAGGCUUUGCAAGAGAAAGAAGAUGCAAAAAACAUGAAAGCAAAAAUGCGAGAAAAGAUUCGACCUAAAAUGGGGAAGAUUGAUAUUGAUUAUCAAAAACUUCACGAUGCAUUUUUCAAAUGGCAAACAAAACCAAAAAUGACAAUUCAUGGCGAUCUGUACUACGAGGGCAAAGAGUUCGAGACGAAAUUAAAGCAAAAGAAACCUGGUGAUCUAUCAGAAGACUUAAGAACAGCUUUAGGCAUGCCUACUGGUCAGGGGAGCAAUCUCGUACCACCACCUUGGUUAAUUGCCAUGCAACGUUAUGGUCCACCACCAUCCUAUCCUAACCUCAAAAUACCAGGACUCAACGCACCAAUCCCUGAGGGAGCGUCAUUUGGCUACCACGCUGGAGGCUGGGGCAAGCCUCCUGUUGACGAACAUGGACGUCCCUUAUAUGGUGACGUCUUCGGUGUACAGCAAACAGACAUAAACAUUGUUGAUGAUGAACAGGUAAACUCUAAUCUUUGGGGAGAACUUGAGUCUGAGUCGGAAGAAUCCGAGGAAUCUGAGGAGGAAUCUGAAGAGGAAGCUCCGGAUCAAUCUGGUCUUGUCACUCCUGCUGAAACGGGUCUUAUCACGCCCAGCGGUUUGACAUCAAUACCAGCUGGAAUGGAGACUCCGGAUAUGAUAGAGUUGCGUAAAAGGAAGAAUAUCGAAGAUGCUAUGGAGAGUGGCAGUGAACAACAGACAUUGUACACAGUGUUACCAGAGAAGAGAGCUGGUGUUGGUGGAAUGAUGAUGGGAACAUCACAUGUUUAUGAUCUAGCGACGGCUGCUGCUGCUCCAUCUGGCACCAAGCGGUCGGGAGGUUUGUCUGAAGGCGUUGAGGUAGCAUUGGACCCGAGCGAACUGGAGCUCGAUCCAGCCGCAAUGCAAGCCAGAUAUGAUGAAACCUUACGUGAACAACAGAAUAUCCAGAAAGAAGAUUUUAGUGACAUGGUUGCUGAACAUGCUGCCAGACAGCAGAAGAAACGCAAGAAAACUACUGAUAGCGGGAAAUCUGCCAAAAAGUACAAGGAGUUCAAAUUCUGACACAUUAUUUGCAGUAUCCAGUGUUGCAAGAUAUUUUUCUCCGCUUAUUUUAUGAUUUUAGUGAAGUUUAAGAUAUAUUAAACGAUAUAUGUCUGUA